AUGGCAGCAGCAAUGAAAGGUGAAGGGCAAGCGAUGGAUGUGAGCGGGCUUGCAAGUGUGUGGGAGGGAAUUGCAAGCGUGCGCAAGACUGCUCGUGAUACGGGCCUGAUUAUGCGGCUGCCUCCUGGUGCUCAGUUGUGCGAUAGCAACCGUGUGAAUGCUGUUGCUAAUACUGAUGUGUUGACUCCUUGCUUGGAGCGCAUGCGUGACCACGACCUGAAGCUUCCGUACAUCACCCCAUUACAGGAGGAGAUCGAGAUGUUCUUUCGGCAGGUGCAUGUUAAGGUUUCGGAGAAGGUUUGCUACAGAACGGCUGGUGAGAUCAAGAAGAUGUUGUCUUUUAUCAAGAGAAAGGCAAACAAGAAAGAGGAGCACAUCGACAUGUACAUGGCUGGAGCUAUGAGGCAGGCCAACAUUGCACAGGCUGCACGGGAAGCUUUGCUACGAGCUCGCAGCUCAGCCAGUAUGGAGGGUUCGACUGGGGAUGAGAAUGAGGGCGAGGACGAUGAGUCAGUCGAGAGGGAGACUGACUUGGAUGAGUUUCGCCGCUGGCUGGACAGCCAGCCCCGCGGAUCGCAGGAUCCGAUCCCCGACCCAAGCUCAGCAUCCUCCGCUUCCUCCGGGCCACCCAGACUAUUAACAUUCAUGGGGUCACGCCCGCGGGGCUGUUUGCACCCCUGGCAUGCCCGAUUUCGUGGAUUGGGCUAG